AUGCAUUCAAUUAACACUAUUAUUUCGGAUUUAGAUCAUCUCUUAAAUUUAACAUUUUCGAACUAUAAGCGACAGGAAGAAGUUCAUUUUGAUUGGUUAAACACAAUUUCAUUCCAAUUAAAUUUAUUUUCAUCAUCUGCUUCAUCAUUUAACUCCAAUUCAUCUCUAGACUCAAAAGAUAAUGAUGAAAGACCUAUUGGAGAACUUAGGAAUUCAAUAAACUCGCCAAUCAAAUCAGAGUUGAAACAUAGCUUAAAUAACUCAAAAUCUAGCAUUGAACGAAAUAACCAAAAUUCAAAUUCUAACGUAAGUCGAGAUCAAGAGAGUUCAUGCUUAAGUACUAAUAGUUUAAGCACUUCUUCAAUUAAAUUCAUUUGUGAUGACUCUAUUUUAAUUGAAACAUCAUCAGAUGAUGAUAACACAUUGGAAAAUAACGAAUUAUAUUCACCACCCGCAUCUCCAUUUGCACUUUCAGGUUCAGUUGAAGAAUUAACACAAUCAGCAUAUUCAUUUCGAGAAGCAUGGAAAGAAAAACUCAAUGAAAAGAAGCAAGAAGUCAAGAUUAAAAAGACAUCUUUUAAGUUUGCAUUCGAAGAAGCUGAAGAAGAGUCAGAAAACUAUCAAAUGUCCGAUGAUUGCGAUGAAGGAAAUGAAUUCGAAGAUGAAUAUGAGAUGUAUGAAAGGAAUCCAAUUGAAAUUCACGGAAAAACAAUUCCCCAUUGGGCCAGAGGUGAACAACUUGAAAAAGAGCUCAAAAAACAAUAUCACAUCAAUCCUGACGAAAUCUUCUUUGACUUCCCGAUGGAAUGUAAUCUUGAAGAAAUAUUUGAUAGAACAAACCAGAAGUGGGCAAAAAGAAACGAAAGUGGAUACUGGGCUCAUGAUGGAAUUACCAGAGAAGAAAUUGAAAAUUAUUCAAAGACCAGAUUCAAAAACAUAUGA